GGAGCCUAAGCAGGACCCGGAGUGGAGCAGCCGCCGCCAUGGCGAUCAAGUUUCUGGAAGUCAUCAAACCCUUCUGUGUCAUCUUGCCGGAAAUCCAGAAGCCCGAGCGAAAGAUUCAGUUUAAGGAGAAAGUGCUAUGGACCGCUAUUACCCUCUUUAUUUUCUUGGUGUGCUGCCAGAUCCCCCUGUUUGGCAUCAUGUCUUCAGAUUCUGCCGACCCUUUCUAUUGGAUAAGAGUGAUCCUAGCCUCUAAUAGAGGCACAUUGAUGGAGCUGGGUAUCUCUCCCAUUGUCACCUCCGGCCUCAUCAUGCAGCUCUUGGCUGGCGCCAAAAUAAUUGAAGUUGGUGACACCCCAAAAGACCGAGCCCUCUUCAAUGGAGCCCAAAAGUUAUUUGGCAUGAUCAUUACCAUUGGCCAGUCUAUUGUGUAUGUGAUGACGGGAAUGUAUGGGGACCCUUCUGAAAUGGGUGCUGGAAUCUGCCUGUUAAUCACCAUUCAGCUCUUCGUUGCUGGCUUAAUUGUCCUACUUUUGGAUGAACUUCUGCAAAAAGGGUAUGGCCUCGGCUCUGGAAUCUCCCUCUUUAUUGCCACUAACAUCUGUGAGACCAUCGUGUGGAAAGCGUUCAGCCCCACCACUGUCAACACUGGCCGAGGGAUGGAGUUUGAAGGUGCCAUCAUUGCACUGUUUCAUCUGCUGGCCACACGCACUGACAAGGUCCGAGCCCUUCGAGAGGCCUUCUACCGCCAGAACCUCCCCAACCUCAUGAAUCUGAUUGCCACCAUCUUUGUCUUUGCAGUGGUCAUCUAUUUCCAGGGCUUCCGAGUGGACCUGCCCAUCAAGUCGGCUCGUUACCGAGGCCAGUACAACACCUACCCUAUCAAGCUUUUCUACACCUCCAACAUCCCCAUCAUCCUGCAGUCCGCCCUGGUGUCCAACCUAUACGUCAUCUCCCAGAUGUUGUCAGCCCGCUUCAGUGGCAACCUGCUGGUCAGCCUGCUGGGCACCUGGUCUGAUACGUCUUCUGGGGGCCCAGCACGUGCUUAUCCGGUCGGUGGCCUUUGCUAUUACCUGUCCCCUCCAGAAUCUUUUGGCUCCGUGUUAGAAGACCCUGUCCAUGCCGUUGUAUACAUAGUGUUCAUGCUGGGCUCGUGUGCAUUCUUCUCCAAAACAUGGAUCGAGGUCUCAGGCUCCUCUGCCAAAGAUGUUGCAAAGCAGCUGAAGGAGCAGCAGAUGGUGAUGAGGGGCCACCGAGAGACUUCCAUGGUCCAUGAGCUCAAUCGGUACAUCCCCACUGCUGCUGCUUUCGGGGGGCUGUGUAUUGGGGCCCUCUCCGUCCUGGCUGACUUCCUGGGUGCCAUCGGAUCUGGAACUGGGAUCCUGCUUGCGGUCACAAUCAUCUACCAGUACUUUGAAAUCUUUGUAAAGGAGCAGAGCGAGGUUGGCAGCAUGGGGGCCCUUCUGUUCUGAGCCAUGUCUCCCCUGGACCAGGAAGAGGAGCCAUGCUCUGGACUUGCCAAGGAAAGGAGCAACGAAUCCAGCACGGGGUACUGCUAUGGCAUGUGGACCUUUAAUUUUUUUUUUUUAAUUUCAUAUUCUUUCAUUCCACUUUGUAAAGUGCUAGAAAUUUCCAAUUUGAAAUUUUGCUUUCUAUUCUGGCAUUGGCAAAAUAACCAUAGAAGUGAGGUUUUAUUCACCUGAUAGCCAGAGGUUGGGAGGAUAAAUGACUGUACUCAUGUGUCCAUGUAACCUUUGUUUUAACCUUUGCACCUUCUCAGUGCCGUAGGCGGCUGCAGUGGUCCCAGCUGUUCCCUACAAGGGAAUAACUUAUUGGUUAGAAGCACAAACAUUGUUGAAAGGACUACAUUUCACUGUGGUAGUAGGUGUGAGGCUGGGAGCAGACUAUGUGUUUUCUGGUAGAUGUGGGAGACUCAUUAGCAUGUCCCCUCAUGGUCAGGGGUAGGAACAGCUACUUAAAACUUGUUCUCUGGACGACACAAUUGUCUUCUCUUUUAAAAGUAGUUUUUAAAAGAGGGAUGAAUUUCCUGGCAGACACUUUUGGGCUAUCUUCUUAUCCUCACCUGAGGAUAUGUUUAUUGAUUUUUAGAGAGAGAGAAACAUCCAUCUGUUGCCUCCCGUAAAUGCUCCAACUGGGUAUCAAACCCACAACCUAUUUGAUGUACGGGACAAUGCUCCAACCUACUGAGCCACCAGCUGGGAUUCUUCAGCUUAUAAAGCUGUGCGUGGCCAAGCUCGGCACACAUUGUGUGGUGGAUCCCUGAAGUGAUGUCUGUCCAGUUCUUCCAGUUGUCACUGGACCUGGUCCCCCGUGGUUCCUUCACUCCCCACUCAGCCCUAGGCAGGGGCACUGUGGCAGGUGCUCAGACGUGGAGAGACAGUGACUUACGUGGUGUUCACAGGCACCACUCUUCUCCCUGGGCUUCCCAGGAAAGAAGGGCUUAGACCUGAGGUCUGUGAUGUGGUUAGGGUCAGAGAGCUGUAUGUUGCUUUAAUGUUUGAUAAAAGACUCACUAUUAUGUGUAAAAUAAGUUUGUUUGCAAUAACAGGUGAUCGAGAUCUUAGGAAUUGGAGCGUUUUUUAAGGCCUUUAGGGAGGUCCCUCUCAAGGACAAGUGCCUGGCGGUGUUUGGCAGCAGGGACAGUGAGUAAGGCACUGCAGGCCUGUGGGAUUCUUGCUGGAGGGCGCCCCACUUCUCAGAGGGGAGCACCAGCCUGUGGAGAGCAGUGUCCCUCCAGCAGCAGGUACACACUGGCUUCCGAAGCACAGAGGUGGUCAUGAGUCAGUAGACGUGGCAAACUCGACACCCGAGUCAGGAGGGCUCCCAGAGUUCUCACUGGCAGUGCAACCAGAAACCAGACUGACCAAGAGACUAGAAGUAACUUGCUUAAAACUACCCGGCAAGUCAGCCACAGAACCAUGAUGGGCCUGUCCACCACCCCCAGUCCAGGGCAUACCACCAUGUCACACGCGGCCUUGUCAGACCCAGUCCUGAGCUGAGACCUCCGCUACACUUGGUCUCCUCGGCCCCACCCAUAGGAGUCCUGCAGCCUCGAGCAGGAGCCCCGCAGCCCUGCCUGCAGCCUGUAAUCAUCAGUGGGGCCCUGUGGGGCUCAGGCUCAGGCUCCGGUUAACGACCACAGUGGGUCGGGGCUGACCUCAGCUUCCAGGGACUGUCACUGUGGACGCCAAAACGGCCUAACUGAGAUAAGGUGAAAAAGUAACAAAUAAAGCCAACGUUUUACAAGCCA